UUGUUAUUAUCAUGUCUGUGUUUAAACAAAGAAGUAGUAAAAAUUUGAAUUUCAAAGUGGGAUUUUAACUUAUCCAUAUGUCUUGAGAUACAUCAGAAGACACAAAGUCGCAGUGUACGCAAGGAUUAAAUUGUCAAUAACUGCACUGGAAACCAUAACUUACCGAGUGUUGUUAAUAUUGAAAGCUGAUUUCAAGUUUAUUGGAAUAUUUUAUUGGAAGUUCUAACAAAAUUUUAUAGUUUCAAAGUAUUGAUUAUUAAUAUAAACUUUUUAUUCCCAUGUUACUCGAAGAGAUUAUGGAGGUGGAUUUAUCUAUAGUGAAGAAGGAAAAAUUGGAACUUGAAGAUUACGGACAGAAUACUGGAAAUAUUUUGGACAAUUUUUUGUCAGAACAUGAUUAUAACAACUUUCCAGAGAGCGUUCCGACUGUUCCCUGCGAAGAAGACGAAGACGUAAAUGUUGAUUGGCUUUCCAGUUUCUUUGAUGAACCGAUACACGAUAACAUGUCUGGGUUAAAUCCACCAUUAAGUGACAUCGCAAGCACCCAUUGCACCCCGUCUAUUUCUAAAAUGACAUCAAUAAAUGGGGGUGGAGACAAUCUAUUUUUUGACUCCCUUUCCACUUUCACAGAAGACUACAUCAAUAAUUCGUCUUUAAUAAAUGAAUCAAAUAGUAUAAAAUCGUUACCUUCACCGACACUAGGGAAAUCGAAUCCUUUGUUAUCACAAACAAAACCACACACUACGAAUACGUUGAACUUAUGUAAAAAUCAAAAUUAUCCUGUCAAAAUUGAAGAAAAUAACAACAUUAAUUUGAGUAGUAAAGCAACAGAAAUGGAAGUCGAUAAACACUUCUCCAAGACAGAAAAACAAAACCAACAGAAAUUGUUAUUAUUUAUGAACACGCCUGAAAAUCGUGCAAAACUAGCCGGCACGAAUUUUAAUAUAAUCAACGCCAAUUUACUCAGCAAAAUAUCUGGUCAAACAGGUAACACUGAAAAAACUAAAAAUGUCAUCAACUUAAAGAAAUGUAUAAAAUUAAACAAUAAUAUAAAAACAGAAGAACCGCAGUACUUAAGACAAGAAGAUGUAACCGCUGCUAAUACAUUCUCAAAAUUUGGACAGAAUAGUAUAAACGGUAUUUUACAGACCAACGUUUUACAAGGCUUAAUGAAAGUUGACAAAGAAAAUCAAGAAGUUGAUUCUGGUUAUGAAUCUCCUUCGUCUUCAUCUGGAUCAUCACCAUGCUCUCCUCCAAUUGAUUUGGAUCGUCGAGAUAGUUACAAUAGCUGUGAAACACUACAAUAUAUUGAUAUUCCUCCACAUGAGCGACAGCCAUUUUAUUUAUCUGAAGAAGAAAAACGAACACUCAUAAUAGAAGGACUCCCAGUACCAACUGGUUUACCCUUGAAUAAAAUGGAAGAACGAGCAUUAAAAAAAGUGCGAAGGAAGAUUAAGAACAAAAUUUCAGCUCAAGAAAGUCGAAGAAAGAAAAAAGAAUAUAUGGAAGCCUUAGAGAAAAAAGUUGAUUCGUAUGCGUCAGAAAAUAACGGUUUAAAGAAAAAAGUGAACAGUCUUGAAGUAGCUAAUCGAUCACUAAUCAUACAAGUACAAAAACUACAAGCGUUGGUAGCUACUAAAGUUGGUAAAAAUGUUGGAACAGUAACUAAAUGCAACCAAACUGAUGAAAUGGUCUCUUAACACAAAGAAAACAAGACACAACUGUAUAUAAAACACAUGAAUCCGUUCGACGCUAUCUGGAAUGAGCAAUAAUAUUGUAAAAUAUUUUCUUAAAUUGUAAUUUUAAUAUGGAAUUAUUUAUUUAGUGUUUUUGAAUUAACUUUUCCUUGUUUGUAAGGAAAAAGUGAGAUUUUAAAAAAAAUAAAAAUGAUUUAUACAAAUA